UCUUCGAGCGCAGAUGAUGAAUCUCGGAUGCUGAUCCAAGGGGCCGCGGUGGUCCGUCUCGUCAAUAAGGUGCGCGACGACAGGAAGAAAGACUUCGUUUUACCGGCCAUCUACUUCCACAAAUUGCGCCAGGCCCGACGCUAUCUUCUCUUUCAGACCGACGAUGGAAAGAACACGGUGCAAGCUUAACUUUGUUUCAUCAACGUUAAGUCAUUAAUGCAUCCUUGUACUCAGGUCUAUCACCAGGUGGAGACCUUCGACUUGAGAACCGGGAAGGACCGAUUCCGCCUCGUGUUUUCUCUGUACAACUUUGUGUCUGCGUUGAUGGAGGGCAGCGAUCAUGGAAGGUACAAGAGCAUGAAGGACAACCUCGACGCAUACACGCAGAUCGUCAAUAGAAACAAGUUUCCGGUCUUCACCAAAAAGAGUAUGAAGCACCGCGCUAACAAACGUCGCCGGACAGACACUGGUAACGACGGGGGUGCAGUGGAUGGAGUGCUCACCGCACGGGGAUACACGAUCGUCACUGACUGGACACAGUGGAGGGAUAACUCUUCCUCAUCGAGCGAGGUGCGACCUGCAAGUAUCCAUGCGAAUGUUCUGAGCUCUCGCUAACAUGGCUAUUGCAGCAACCAGCAACCGUAUGUCGUCAGGAAGGUGGAUGGCGGGCGCGACUUUGUCACCAAGCACGUCAGCCACGAUUCUGACGAGCAAGGCAUCCUUCAAUACCUGCACGAGAUAAAGCCCCGAAGCGAGCACAUCAUCCCUCUACUCGACACCAUUUGGUCACCCGAGGG